CAAAUAGAAGAAUGCAGCUGCCAGAAGUCAUCUAUUUCUAAGAAUUUACGAUUCCGUCGGCUGUCAUUUUAAAUCCUUUCGUUUCUCUCCCUACUCGCUUGCCUUCUCUCCUGUAAUAGACCAAUCUUCUCUUCUGUUCUCUUCUUGCUCAGCAGUCAUGAGUGAUGUCUUCGAAGGAUACGAGCGCCAGUACUGCGAGCUCUCUGCAAAUCUCUCCCGUAAAUGCAACUCCAUUUUUAUGCUUCCUGAUGGAGAGGAGAAGAAGGAGAAGAUCUCGGAGAUAGAAUCUGGAUUGGAAGAUUGUGAUGCUUUGAUUCGGAAAAUGGACCUUGAGGCUAGGAGUUUGCAGCCGAAUGUGAAGGCUAUGCUUCUAGCCAAAUUAAGGGAAUAUAAGUCUGAUCUAAAUAAGUUAAAGAGGGAAUUUAAGAGAAUAACGUCUGGUAAUGCUGAUCAUGCUGCCCGUGAAGAGUUGUUGGAGGCUGGAAUGGCGGAUGUGCACGCGGUUUCUGCAGAUCAGCGAGAAAGAUUGUCUAUGUCAGUAGAAAGAUUAAACCAGUCUGGAGACAGGAUUAAGGAGAGUAGAAGAACAAUGCUGGAGACAGAGGAACUUGGUGUUUCAAUUCUCGAAGAUUUGCAUCAGCAGCGCCAAACUCUCCUACAUGCUCAUAAUAAGCUUCAUGGAGUAGAUGAUGCCAUUGACAAAAGUAAGAAAGUCUUGUCAUCGAUGUCAAGAAGAAUAACCAGAAACAAGUGGAUCGUUGGCUCAGUGAUCGCUGCUCUUGUGAUUGCAAUCAUCAUUAUUAUUUCAUUUAAGAUUUCACAUCACUAACAAACACUUGGAAUGAUUUGAUACCUGCUAUACUUUGUCAUGUGUAUUUUUGUAUAUAUUGUUACUUUCAUCCUCAAAGCAUCUGCUAUAUGCUGUUGAUGCUGCCUUUGAAAUCGCAUAUGUUUGCCAUUGUUUUGCUUUUCUAUAAUUUGUGCUGCUAUUUCUGGUCAAUAAAGAAAAUAAUAAAAAAGAACUCCCGAUUUGAGAAUUUUGUA